UCUCACCGCAGCAGACUCACCAUGCCCUCUGCACCAACCACAGAUCUGGGGUACACCCCUCCGGAUGGGGGCUGGGGGUGGGUCGUGGUGUUCGGAGCCUUCAUCUCCAUCGGCUUCUCGUACGCCUUUCCCAAAGCUCUCACCAUCUACUUCAAGGAGAUCCAGGAGUACUUCUCGGUGUCCUACAGCGACAUCGCCUGGAUCUCCUCCAUCAUGCUGGCUGCUAUGUAUGCGGGAGGGCCCGCGAGCAGCGUUCUGGUCAAUCGCUACGGAAGUCGACCCGUAGUGAUGGCUGGCGGGAUCAUGUGUGGGGUUGCCAUGGUAACCGCCUCAUUUGGCAACACAAUUACGCAUUUGUACGUGUGCGUCGGAGUUAUCGGAGGAUUUGGACUCUCCUUCAACCUCCAGCCGUCUCUCACCAUAAUCGGGAAGUACUUCCUGGCCAAGCGGCCUGUAGCCAAUGGCCUGGCCAUGGCCGGCAGUCCCGUCUUCCUCUCCGCCCUGGCUCCUCUCAACCAGUUCCUCUUUGACAGCUUUGGCUGGAGGGACAGUUUCUUCAUCCUGGGGGCCCUGCUGUUGAACUGCUGUGUAGCCGGGGCUCUGAUGAGACCCAUCGGCGAAGGGAAGGCCGGCGGAGCGACUAGAAGCGCGGGUUCUAACAAGGGCUCCGUCCCUCGGGACGCAGAUCCGACGGAGCGCGAGCGGAAGCCCGGGGCGAAGAACCGGAGCACGGGCGACGUCAGCAAGUUGAUGGAUUUCUCCCUGUUCAGACACCGAGGUUUCCUCAUUUACCUGGUUGGGAACGCGGUCAUGUUCUUCGGCUUCUUCGCCCCCAUCGUGUUCCUCGCCCCGUACGCCAAGCAUCAAGGUGUCGACGAGUACUCGGCCGCCUCCCUGCUCUCCAUCCUGGCGGCGGUGGACAUGAUCGCGCGGCCGGGCACCGGCCUGCUGGCCAACACCAGGUGGAUCCGGCCGCGGAUUCAAUACCUGUUCAGCUUCGCGGUGACGUACAACGGCGUCUGCAACCUCCUCUGCCCCCUGGCCAUGGGCUAUGGGGUGCUGGUGGCUUACUCCCUUUCCUUAGGUGUAGCUUUCGGCAUGGUUUGCGCCUUGCUCUUCGAGUGCUUGAUGGACCUGGUCGGUGCCCGGCGCUUCUCGAGCGCCGUCGGACUCGUCACCGUCGUCGAAUGUUGCCCGGUGCUUCUGGGGCCGCCGGUCGGAGGUGUCCUCGUGGACAUCUUCGGCGACUACAUGUACAUGCACUUCAUGUCCGGGGCCGUCAUGUUUGCCAGCGGCCUCUUCCUCUUCGUCAUGAACUUCUGGAACUACCGGCUGGAGGAGAGCAAGACGCGGAGCCAGAAGGGUGCCGUCGAACAGGCGGAGAUGAAGCGGCUGUCUGCUCUGGAGCAAGGGUCCGCGAGAGGGGCCGAUGGGUUCGAGAUGCCCGAGCAGGAAGAGAAGGGGGAGGGCGACCGCACCCGAGUUCACCCGCUGCCCUGA